GGCGGUCCAUGUGUGUGUCGCAGGUGUAUGCCGACUACGAAAGCAACCCUCUGCUACGUCAGGGGAUGGAGUUCUGCUGCCGGCAGUUCUACGUCCUCCACCGCAAACCCUUCGUCCUGCAGCUGUUCGCUAGCGUAGCGCCGCUGCUCGAGUUCAGCUCCAGCACCACCACCGGGCUGAACAAGGGGGUGUCGGCCCAGUGCCUGUUCCACCUGCUGCUGAGCCUCGAGAGGGAGGGGCCCGACACCCUGGACGCCCUGCAGCUGGUGAGGGCCGACAAGCCCCUCCACUCUCUAGACUUCUGCUACGGCAGCGAGGACCUGUGCUUCUCCCUCACCGACGCCAUCAAGCUCUGUGUCACCGUGGUGGCCUACGCCCCGGAGUCCUUCAGGAGCCUCCAGAUGCUGAUGGUGCUGGAGGCGCUGGUGCCGUGCUUCCUGCAGAAGCUGAAGAGCAACACGGUCACCAUGGAGACCGCCUCCGCCGCCAGGGACGAGAUCGCCGCCAUCGCCGCCCUGGCAACGUCCCUGCAGGCCCUGCUGUACAGCUCAGAGGCCCUCACCAGGCCCAUGACGGCCCCCCAGCUGUCCCGCUGUGACCAGGCCCACAAAGGGGCCACCACCACCAACCACGCCAUGGCAGGAGGGGCCAACACCAGGGACAACCUGCACCUCCUGGAGGAGGGCCAGGGCCUCCCCAGGGAGGAGCUGGACGAGCGCCAUGCGCGGGAGGAGUUCCGGCGGCCCCGCGAGGCGCUGCUCAACGUUUGCACCGAGUUCUACAAGCACUGCGGCCCCCGCCUCAAGAUCCUGCAGAACGUGGCCGGGGAGCCGCGCGUCACCGCCCUGGAGCUGCUCGACAUCAAGUCCCACAUGAGGCUGGCGGAGAUCGCCCACGCCCUGCUGAAGCUGGCGCCCUACGACACGCUGACCAUGGAGAGCCGCGGGCUGCGGCGCUACGUCACCGAGAUGCUGCCCAUCACCGACUGGUCGGCGGAGGCCGUGCGGCCCGCCCUCGUCCUCAUCCUCAAGCGCCUGGACCGCAUGUUCAACAAGAUCCACAAGAUGCCCACGCUCAGGUGCGCUCGCCCCCAAGCCCUCUGCUCCAGGAGACAGGUAGAGUGGGAGGCGGCCAGCAGUCUGAUUGAGGGAAUCUGUCUGACGCUGCAACGACAGCCAAUCAUCUCCUUCCUCCCCCACCUCCGGUCACUGAUCAACGUCUGUGUUAACCUGGUGAUGGGGGUGGUGGGUCCCUCCAGUGUAGCAGACGGUCUUCCUCUGCUCCACCUCAGCCCCUACCUCUCCCCCCCGCUGCCCUUCAGCACGGCCGUGGUGCGCCUGGUCGCCCUGCAGAUACAGGCCCUGAAGGAGGACUUCCCCCUGGGUCAUGUGAUCUCCCCGUUCACCAAUCAGGAGCGUCGGGAGGGCAUGCUGCUCAACCUGCUCAUCCCGUUCGUCCUGACCGUGGGCUCCGGGAGCAAAGACAGCCCCCACCUGGAGGGCCCCGAGGUGUUCCUGCUGCUGCAGACGGUGCUCAACAUCCUGCUGCCCCCCCGCGUCGUCUCCACCUCCCGCACCAAGAGCUUCAUGCUGGACGCCUCCCCCGCCCACUGCUCCACCCCCGGGGACAAGGACCUCCGGAGGGAGGGCCUGGCCGAGAGCACCAGCCAGGCCGCCUACCUGGCCCUGAAGGUGGUGGUGGUGUGCUUCGAGCGGGCCCUGGGGGGCCACUGGUACCGUCUCAGCCUGCAGGUGAAGGAGAUGGCCCUGAGGAAGGUGGGGGGGCUGGCCUUCUGGGACUUCAUCGACUUCAUCGUCCGCACGCGCAUCCCCAUCUUCGUGCUGCUCAGGCCCUUCAUCCAGUGCAAGCUCCUGGCCCAGCCCGCCGACUCCCAGGAGGAGAUCACGGCGCGCCACCACAUCGCCGACCAGCUGGAGCGCCGCUUCAUCCCGCGGCCGCUCUGCAAGAGCUCGCUGUUCGCCGAGUUCAACAACGAGCUGAAGAUCCUCAAGGAGGCCGUGCACAGCGGCUCAGCCUACCAGGGCAAGACGUCCAUCAGCACGGUGGGCACGUCCACCUCGGCCUACCGCCUCAGCCUGGCCACCAUGUCGCGCUCCAACACCGGCACGGGGACGGUGUGGGAGCAGGGCAGCCAGCCGUCACGCCAGCCCUCCCAGGACACGCUCAGCCGCACGGACGAGGACGACGAAGAGAAUGACUCCAUCAGUAUUCCCAGUGUGGUCAGUGACCACGAGGUGUUCCUCCCGCGCGUGACGUCACAGCGCCGCUUCUCCAGCCACGCCACAGGCUCCGCCCCCUCGCCGGCCGAGCCCCCGCGCACCGCCACCCUGCUGCCCAGCCACAGUGAACCCAAUGUGCUCGACGAAUCCCAGGCUCUACUGCAGGAGAGUAACCUGACUAGGGUGGCCAGUGUUCAGAGUGAGCCCGGCCAGCAGAACCUGCUGAUCCAGCCUCCGUUGGGACGGAAGAGAGGACUGAGACAGCUCCGGCGCCCUCUGCUGUCCAUCCCUAAGAACGAGCCCAGGGUCGGUCGGGGGCUCGACUGUCCACCACCCGGAGGAGCGCCCAGCCCAAGGCCAGCACCCUGGAGACUUUAUUGGACUGUGAAGCCCACAGCGACCAGAAGAGGUCGGUGACCUUCACAGAGGCCGAGGUCGCCACCGGGGACACAGACCCCCCGCCCGCCACCCCGGGCCACGCCCCAGCCCCGCCCCCAGCUCCAGGUCCCCCACCCUGGAGGUCCCCUCCCCUCCGCCACCGUCACCGCCGACCUCCACGUCCCCGCCAUCGUACAGGUGAGUAGGGUGUGAUGUCACUCAGGUGAGCAGGGUGUGAUGUCACUCAGGUGAGCAGGCUGUGACGUCACUCAGGUGAGCAGGAUGUGAUGGCACUCAGGUGAGCAGCAUGUGAUGUCACUCAGGUGAGCAGGCUGUGAUGUCACUCAGUUGAGCAGGAUGUGAUGUCACUCAG